UUGGACGUGGGUGCAAGAUAAUGAAAAGCCAUGGAGUAGAUUGGAAGUAUAUGACAUAGAUAUGACCAAGUGCAGUUUUACAGAAUCAAUUCUGUAUAAAGGAAUUGGUUUGCUAAGAAAUUUAACUAAGACAGGAAGAUAAAUGCUUAUGGAGAAGAUGGAGAAUUCUACUGGUAUGUUUUCUGCAGAUGACGAAACCAAUCUGAAUUCCCUUCCUUCGCUGAAUGUUGUGAGUUUGUCGCUUAACAGCAGCAGUAGUAAUGCCGACGGAAACUUCAACAAUUAUAACUUGAAGUUACAUCCCAACACAGCGAUAAUCACCCUCGUGCUGUUCAGCUUCUUAUUGGGUAUGUGCUUUUACUCCUUCUUCAUGCGCCGCCGGCUGACAAGCUGGGACAGCAUAAGAGCUUUCAGAGGAGCGGGCUUAGAUGAUGAAAACACCGUUGAGGCGGCCCAUGGACUGGAGCAGUCGGUCAUCGAGAGCUUUCCUGUUUUCAGCUAUAAUCUGGUGAAGGGGCUCAAAGCACAGGCCAAGGGCACCGAGUGCGCGGUGUGCCUCACCGACUUCGAAGACCACGAGAUGCUACGGUUGCUUCCUAAAUGCAGUCAUGCAUUUCAUCCCGAGUGCAUCGAUACGUGGCUCUGCACUAACACAACGUGUCCCCUCUGCCGGACGAACCUUCUGUCCUCUGGUACUGAUGAUUCCAACGCCACGAACGCCGACUUCGGUGUUGUCGAACAGCAGCCGUCUUCUGAGCAGUUCGCGAUCGUUUUGGACAACGGAGGCGGAGUCAGUGGGCAAGGGAGCGUCCGCAGAGAUAUUUUAAAAGACGAGGCGACGAUUGGAGCUCCGGGCUACGAUUCGAUGGGGCACUCAUUGAUAAUGGUGCAAACGGAGUUGAAGCAGAGCAGGGAAUGGUAUAUCGUCACCGCCGACGGUCUCACGCCCGGGUUGUACAGUAGCUUUGCGGGCAAGCAUCGGCCAUCCAGUUCUUUUGCCCCGCCCGGCGGUUCUGCGGAGAACAGAUCGAAAUCGGAGAGGUGGGGGAAUAUUUCUAUCAAUCCAGCAUCGUUAUUAAAGACUUUUUCUAUGCGCUUAACGGCUGGAGAUAGAGAUGAGGUUGGGGUUGAGCAGCAGGAUGAGAAGCCUAAUUUGAAUAGGACGUUGAGUUGGUUGAAGGGAAGAGAUAGAGAGGCAGAAGAUGGGAUAGAGCGCUCGGAGGGUGGACCAGGGUACUUCAGGUAUGCCGGUAAAAGCGCUGUAUAAUUUUUAAUCAACAAUUAUUUUGCUACAGAGUGUGCAGAACGCUGGGCCACGGCCUUUUUUUUUUUUACUAGCAACGAAACCUGAAGAUGCACCAGCUAGAGGGGCAGGCGCAAUGUAGGAUUUGUAUAUGUAUCUGUUACAGGUUUUGGUUGCGGUAUGGUGUAUUAUAUUAUACCCAAAUGAAAUUCACAAUUUAAAGAAAAUAUUAAAAGUAUUUAUUUUGU